AUUCCUACCUCAUGACUUCUGACUAUCGCACAAAAGCCAACCGACGUCGGCGGCCGGUGAUUUCUGAUCCCUGCAUGCAGAUGUAGGGCGCCCCCAUUGCUGCUCGCUGCACUUUGGGAUGGUGCUGAGAUACAGUAUCAGUCACCUCAAAUUUAAGACGGACAUUGGACACACAGCAAAGCUCACACCAUGAGGGACCGACUGAGCAACAUGCAGGAAUUGUCCAGCAACCACGUGGAGUCGAUGGAGUAUUCCGAGUCGGCUUUAUCGGAAUCCCUUAGCAACGUGGAUUUGGAGGACGAGCUCCCCCAUGAGGCGGUGGUGUUCGACAACAGCCCCGCCGUCGCAAAAAUCUUCGAGCAGGCGCAGGCCAUCCACAAAGACAUCCAGCUCAUUCGUCUGGAAGUGAAACGGCUGCGCGAGCAGAACUCUCGCAUGUUCCAGGGCGUCACCACCAUGAGCACCAUCAAGAGGGACGCAAACACCAUCGGCGCCGAUAUAAAGACACGGGCCGAGCGCGUGUUGUCCAACCUGCGGGACAUGGAUAACACGGCCCACAAAUUGGAUGAAAUCCACGGCCCCAAUUCAGCCGUCACGCGCAUCGCCCGGACCCAGUACGCCUCCCUGAGCAACGGCUUCCGUGACGCUAUGUUUGAUUAUAACGAGGCGGAAAUGAGCCACCGAGACACCUGUAAAGCCCAGAUCCAGAGGCAGAUGGAAAUCGUGGGGCGCGAGGUGACCGGCGACGAGGUGGAGGAGAUGAUCGAGAAAGGCCACUGGAACAUCUUUACCGACAACGUCAUGGCGGAGGGCAAAACGGCUCGCACGGCUCUAUCCCAGAUCGAGAAGCGCCACCAGGAACUGGUGGAUCUGGAGAACCGCAUCAAGGGGGUUCACGAGAUCUUCCUGGAUCUCGCCCUGCUGGUGGAGGAGCAAGGCCCCAUGCUCAACUCCAUCGAGACCAAUGUUCAGAAAACAGACGAAAACUUGCAGGAUGCGCUCUUUAAACUCGGCAAGGCCAAGCGUCACGACAGGAACAAUCCGUUUAAAAAGAUGUUUUGUAGUUGCUUCCCUUGCUUUGACUAAAGCGUGGAGUGAAAGCCCGCGUGAAUCCACAAGUUACACAAACACUUGACACAAGAUGCGUUCAUUCGACCCACGGUUGCGUUGUGUGUGUGCCACGUGUUUCCUGUUUAAUGAGUGAAACAGAGGGAGGAGUUUCAAUCAGAAUUUCCUGCAGGGUUCAUUUUCUGUUUCCAGGAAGUGAAACGCGCAAGUUAGUGAGAGACGCUGGGAUAAAAAUACUUUCCAGAUUACGCUCAGGUUAUUUGUUUGAAAGAAUUCUGACAGGUAGGAGAACAGAAAACGAGAAAAUGAGUUUCCAAACGGAGAAUGAUCAAAAUGACAAAACAAUGACCACCACGCAAUCACAAUAUAUUUCGCAAAAGAUAAUUCCGAGUCACAAUCUCAUAAUUAAUCCAGUCAAAAGCAACUGCAGUAAGUGCAGAUUCGUUUUCGAUCCGGUUUAGAUAAAUCCACAAAAUUGAGCAUCCCAGAUAAAGCUGUUUCCUGUUAAUUUUCAGUACCGGCCAAUUCUGGACCAAGUCUGAAAAGACGUUUAAAAACGUCUUUGGGAGCGAAUGAGUUUAGAGCUUCUAUGCAUAUGCUUGACCCUUAUGUAAAUACUGUAAAA